ACCAGCAGAUCUGGACCUGAAGGUGAGGUUUCCAGCAAGCCGCACGUUGAAGGCAGCCCGGAACCGAAGCCCUCAGCACGUCACACGACGCAACUUGACGCCCUUCCCGGGGUUGGGACCUGCGCUCUCCGGAGGACAGCCUGCCGCCAGCAUCCAGCGAGAUGAACGAGAGUCGAAGGGAAGCGCUUGCAGCGGCGCCCCCCGCGCCCACCGCCUCCUCCUCCUCGGGCGGGGCCGCCAACACCACCAACAUGGCCGGUGGACCCGGCACGGGCCAGAAGGACGAGGCCUUCUCCAAGCUGAAGGACAAGUUCAUGAACGAGCUGAACAAGAUCCCACUGCCGUCAUGGGCCAUCGUUUCCAUCGCCUUUGUGGCCAUCAUCCUGGUGCUGGCCUGCUGCUUCUGCAUCUGCAAAAAGUGGAUCUUCAAGAAGAAGAACAAAAAGAAGGGCAAAGACAAAGGAAAGAACGCCAUCAACAUGAAGGACGUGAAGGAUGGAGCCAAAACCGAGGCCUUGAAGGAUGAGGAGGACGCCGAGACAGGCCUGACCGAAACGGAGAAAGAGGCGGAGCCCAAGGAGGACCAGAAACUGGGCAAAUUACAGUACUCGCUGGAUUACAAUUUCACAGAGAACACGCUCAUCGUGGGGAUCAUCCAGGCGGCCGAGCUUCCCGCCAUGGACAUGGGCGGCACGUCCGACCCUUACGUCAAGGUCUACCUGCUGCCCGACAAGAAGAAGAAGUUUGAGACCAAGGUCCACAGGAAGACCCUCAACCCCGUCUUCAACGAGCAGUUCACCUUCAAGGUUCCCUACGUGGAGCUGGGCGGGAAGACGCUGGUGAUGACGGUGUACGACUUCGACCGCUUCUCCAAACACGACGCCAUCGGCGACAUCAAGGUGCCCAUGAACAAGGUGGACUUCAGCCACAUCACGGAAGAAUGGCGAGACCUGCAGAGCGCCGAGAAGGAGGAGCAAGAGAAGCUGGGCGACAUCUGCUUCUCCCUGCGCUACGUUCCCACCGCCGGAAAGCUGACCGUCGUGGUCCUGGAGGCCAAAAACCUGAAGAAGAUGGACGUGGGCGGUCUGUCCGAUCCGUACGUGAAGAUCCACCUGAUGCAGAACGGCAAGAGGCUGAAGAAGAAGAAGACCACCAUCAAGAAGAACACGCUCAACCCCUACUACAACGAGUCCUUCAGCUUUGAGGUCCCCUUCGAACAAAUCCAGAAAGUGCAAGUGGUGAUCACGGUCCUGGACUACGACAAGAUCGGCAAGAACGACGCCAUCGGCAAAGUCUUCGUGGGCCUGAACAGCUCGGGCACGGAGCUGCGCCACUGGUCCGACAUGCUGGCCAACCCGCGGAGACCCAUCGCCCAGUGGCACGUGCUCAAGCCCGAGGAGGAGGUGGACGCCCAGCUGUCCACCAAGAAGUAGGCAGGCCCCCCCCCCCCCACGCUCCUGCCUUGUAGUACUCUUUAGCCAGUCUGUGUAAAUACCUCAGUGAUACAUACCCGUACGUGUCGCCCCGCCCCCCCCCCCCCCCCCCCCACCACCGCCAUCCUUUUUCUAUCAGGGUCUCUGGUUUGGCUUUUUCCUCCCCGCCCCCCCUUUGAAGCAAUAUGAGGUGUAUCGCUAGCGCAUGACGGACAGAAGGUGUACAUAUCCUGUAGGCGGGGUUUCUAGUUGCUGUGUUUCUAUGUUGUUUCCUAAUAUCUGGAUGUUUUUCAUGGGAUGUUCUAUUUUAAAGGAUCUAGAGGAAAGCCAACGUGACGUCCAAUCGAACGCAGCGACCGUGACGAUGCUAAGGACAAAGCUAGCAGGCCAUUAACUGCUUGGUUUCUCAGCCCCCCCCCCCCCCCCCGCCCCCCUCCAUGACCAAAUGACAAAAGCACCAAGCUCGUGUCCUCUGUGUGUGUGUGCAUCUUCUCUUUGAACAAUCUUUGCUCGGAGCCGCUUGCUGUCCAUCACGGCGGAGAAAAAAGAAAAAGUCUUCCCGGCUAAUUGAAACACUGCCACGUGCUGGUCGCCGGCGCCGCCAUGUUUUUACUGCCAGCUUUACACCGACGUGGCCGGCCGCUGCGCGCGCACGCUUUCUCCUUCAACUUCUUCUUCUUCUUCUUCUUGCGUUGUGGUUGGCCGCAGGGGGCGCCACGCCCACUUUCACUUCCGUUGCCCUCGUGCCUCAUCUUCCUGUCGCCGGACGAUGUUUGCUCGUGGAAAAGGCGCUGAAGCGAAGGAGCCAAAGACUUGAUUGGCGCCAGGACGCCCCCCCCUCUCCCCCAACCGCCCCAGCCUACCGGUUAAUGGUCGUCCAAUUUGCUAGCUGGAGGAGGACUUUGUAAAUGUUGUCAAUGUUCUCGUGUAGUUGCUCUAACCAAGACGCGUCGCCGCCGACUGCUUGGUGUGCCACUGUGAUGCCGUGCGUGCGUAGACAUGUAGGAUACCUAGGAUGCCUAGGAUACCUGGGAUACCUAGGAUGCCUAGGAUGCCUAGGAUACCUGGGAUACAUAGGAUACAUAGGGUACCUAAGAUACCUAGUAUACCUGGGAUACAUAGGAUGCCUAGGAUACCAAGGAUUCCUGGUAUGCCUAGGAUGCCUAGGAUACUUAGGAUACCUGGGAUACCUGGGAUACCUGGAAUACAUAGGAUACAUAGGAUACCCAGGAUAUCUAGGAUACCUAGUAUACCUGGGAUACAUAGGAUGCCUAGGAUACCAAGGAUUCCUAGGAUACCUGGAAUGCCUAGGAUGCCUAGGAUGCCUAGGAUGCCUAGAAUACCUAUAGGAUACCUAGAAUACCUAUAGGAUACCUGGGAUACAUAGGAUAACAGGGAUUCCUAGGAUACCUGGAAUGCCUAGGAUGCCUAGGAUGCCUAGGAUACCUAGAAUACCUAUAGGAUACCUGGGAUACCUGGUAUGUCUGGGAUACCUGGUAUGCCUAGGAUACCUGGUAUGCCUGGGAUACCUGGUAUGCCUAGGAUACCUGGUAUGCCUGGGAUACCUGGUAUGCCUAGGAUACCUGGUAUGCCUGGGAUACCUGGGAUACCUGGUAUGCCUGGGAUACCUGGGAUACCUGGUAUGCCUGGGAUACCUGGUAUGCCUAGGAUGCCUGGGAUACCUGGUAUGCCUAGGAUACCUGGUAUGCCUAGGAUACCUGGUAUGCCUAGGAUACUGAGGAUACCUAGGAUACCUGGGAUACAUAGGAUACCAAGGAUUCCUAGGAUACCUGGUAUGCCUGGGAUACCUGGUUUGCCUGGGAUACCUGGUAUGCCUAGGAUGCCUAAGAUACCUAGGAUGCCUAGGAUACCUAGAAUUACCUAGGUUACGUAGGAUACAUUGUUACCUUGUGAUGUUGUUGCCUUUCACCCCACCCCACCCCCACCAGAGAGCGCUGUGCGAUACGUUCGUGUGCGAUACGUUCGUGUGCGAUACGUUCGUGUGCGAUACGUUCGUGUGCGAUGCGUUCGUGUGCGAUACGUUCGUGUGCGUGUUCAGGCCAUCGUCUUCACCAGAGGAAAGAAAUCAAGGCGUACGUUCUAGAGGGGCGAGGAAGCAGCACACGUACAUUCCAGUUUGGUUUUCUUCUCGCCCAGCGGUUCCAGUUUCAGGGAGUCCAAAGCGGUGUAGAUAUUCCCAUCUUCUCCGGUACAUGUGGAGUCGAUAUCAAGUAUCCCGUUUGUAUCCCCAUCCCGAUGUCCAACGUCCAUGCGGCCUGUGGUGCUCUUCUUACGUUGCUCGUGGUGUACUUUUGCAUUUUCAGUCUCUCCAGACGAACGGAAGCGUAUUGCUUCCCAUUUUGUUCAACUCUGGUCACUUCCUGUCUACCCAGCCGCACUGUCUACCCUCCGUCUCUCCGUAGAGAGACACGAUGGGUUGAAAUAUUCCCCGUGGGCACAAGCCGGGGGCUCCAGGGACGGGCUGGCAGUGCACAACCACGAAACAAAAGCCAUUCAACUGCACAGCAACACCGAGUUCCCCCCCGUGACCAUUCCCUACCAAAGUCCGCUCCCAAAUUCCCGGCCAAAGCCGCGCUGUGUCAAGUGUAGGAAGAUCCUCGUUGCCUUGGUGUGCUUGAAUAUCUGCUCUGUAAUCUCCUGCUCUUGAACUCUUUUCUCCCGACAUGAGCUGCUUGGCUCAUCGCAUUCUUUUUUACAUCCCAUCUUUUCCACUUUGUGUAGUGAUUCACCUCGUGGAGUUUCCUGACUGUUGUUCUCCCACUUCAUAUACACAAAUGACCAAUAAAAAUGCUUUCUUUCCUGUUCAUACGGACA